CUAGCUCGUCUCUUCCAUAUUCCUACACUGUAACUUCUAAUCUCAGGAGUAUUGGAGGACGGCCAGCAACGAACGGACGAAGGGCGAGUCGCGGUUAGUUUUCUUUCCGCUAGUCGCCAGAACCGGGCCUUUGGACGACCUGAAUACUGUCCAGAAGGAAAUGCCGGAAGACACCGAAUACCGUUGUUUCGUUGGUGGGCUUGCCUGGUCUACGUCUGAUAGAGGGCUGAAGGUGGCAUUUGAGAAGUAUGGGAAUCUUGUUGAAGCAAAGGUGGUUGUUGAUAAGUUCUCUGGGCGCUCCCGUGGAUUCGGAUUUGUGACUUUCGAUGAGAAGAAGGCAUUAGAAGAAGCUAUAGAAGAAAUGAAUGGGAUGGAUUUGGAUGGUCGAACCAUUAUAGUUGAGAAGGCCCAACCUAGCCAAGGUUCAGGACGAGAUCAUGAUUCAGAUCGAAGCCGUGACCGUGGAGGCGAUCGUGGUGGUAAUGGUGGAGAUUGCUUCAAGUGCGGGAAACCUGGACAUUUUGCUAGAGAAUGUCCAAGUGGUGAAGGAGCAAGAGGAGGCGGUAGGUAUGGUGAUCGAGAUGAUGAUUCUGAUCGAAGCCGUGACCGUGGACGCGAUCGCGGUUCAGACUAUGAAAGUGGAGGCAGGCGUGGUGGUAAUGGUGGAGACUGCUUCAAGUGUGGGAAACCUGGACAUUUUGCUAGAGAAUGUCCAAGUGGUGAAGGAGCAAGAGGAGGCGACAGGUAUGGUGAUCGAGAUGAGAGGUAUGGAGGUGGAAGUAGCAGAGAUGGGAGCCGCUAUGGUCCUGAUAGGAAUGGAGACCGGCAUGGAGGCCGUAGUAGCAGAGAUGGUGGUAGCCGUGGUGGUGAAGGGAGUGACCGAUACAGUCGCGACCGUUCUGGUCCAUAUGAUCGAUAAAAUAACUUCCAGCUCCGAUGAGAGACUUGAAGGAGCUGCUCUUGCUGUCUGCAUCGCAGUAGACCUGGUAGCUGCAGAUGUGAGGACUUCCUUGUUGGCCUUUUUGUGGAUCAGCCUUGUAGAUCAGUUUCUUCAAGUGCAAAACUUGCACGGAUGUUGUAGUACUUUGUGUUCUCCAAAUGGUGCCUUUGAUGUUUGUGUGCCGGAUGAUGAUGAAUCUUAUGGUUUCUUGACAUGGGAUUGUGAGGUGGCCCUUGUUCUGCUUGAGUUUAAGUUGGUGUUCCUUAUGUUCUUUGUGGUAGCAGCUGCUUAAUCAUAAUCAUGCUCAACACAGUUCGUUUGAUCAUUUUGUGUCGGCAAGAACCAUGAACGAAAAGUGGGUUCAUUACGGAUAGGCGAGGAACAAUGGCCUGAUGAUGUUCUCAAGUGUACUUUUGGGAAGGAUGGAAGAGCUGAGCAACAGUUUACAGUUGUUCUUUGGUUCCAUUCGUCUUGUUGGAUGUUCUCCACUUGUGGGAUGGAUGGAAGAGCCGAGCAACAGUUAACAGUUGUUCUUCUGUUUCCAUUCAUCUUGGUGGAUGUUCUCCAAUGGCGGUUUCUUGUUCACUAGUUCUUCUGGCUGGCCUCUGGUUGCCAUAUCUGUCCUUUUCCCGGCCCGGCCCGGCCCAACAAUAGCGGCUCUCGUUUCAGCCGGUUUGUAUAUGCCUUUCCCCAUAAUAAAAAGCUAAAACGAAUCAGCUUCCCUUAUCCCAGUCGGACUCUGCUUCACGCGUCAAAUCCCAAAACCCUACAAAAACAAAAAUAACCAAUCUUGCUUUCAGAGCCCAAAACAAAACCUAACAUUCUUGCGAACGGCGAGUCUCUGGAGCAUCUGAACUCGGACGGACGACCUGAGCACUAUCCGGAAAAAUGCCAGAAGACGUAGAGUACCGUUGUUUCGUUGGUGGGCUUGCUUGGUCAACAUCUGAUAGAGGCCUGAAAAAGGCAUUUGACAAGUAUGGGAAUCUGGUUGAUGCUAAGUUGAGAAAUCCCAACCUAGCCAAGGUUCAGGACGAGAUCGUGAUUCUGACCGAAGCCGUGAUCGUGGACGCGAUCGUGGUUCAGACUAUGAAAGUGGAGGCAGGCGUGGUGGUAGUGGUGGAGACUGCUUCAAGUGUGGGAAACCUGGACAUUUUGCUAGAGAAUGUCCAAGUGGUGAAGGAGCAAGAGGAGGCGACAGGUAUGGUGGUCGAGAUGAAAGGUAUGGUGGUCGAGAUGAGAGGUAUGGAGGUGGAAGUAGCAGAGAUGGGAGCCGCUAUGGUCCUGAUAGGAAUGGAGACCGGCAUGGGGGGCGCAGCAGCAGAGAUGGCGGAAGCCGUGGGGGUGAAGGAAGUGAUCGAUAUAGUCGUGACCGCUCUGGACCAUAUGAACGGAGGGGUUCAUGAGGAGAUGAUACAGGUGAGUGCACUAAAAGAACUGCCCUUGUCAUCUGCAUUGCUCUAGACCUGGUAGCCGCAGCUGUGUGGUUGUCGUUAUCGUCUUUUCGUGGAUCAGCCUUGUAGAUCCGCUUCUUAAUGUGCAGCACUUGCAUAAAUGUUGUAGUACUUUGUGUUCUCAAAAUGGCGCCUUUGAUGUUUGUGUGACGGGAUGAUGGAAACAAUGGUUGCUUUGACAUGGAAUUGUGAGGUGGCCGUGGACCUUAUUCUGAAUGAGUUUAGUUUUGGCAUCUGGGUUCCCACGAUCCAUCUACAAAAUCAUAAACAUGCUGAACAGUUCAUUUGAUCAUUUUGCAUUGGCAAGAACCAUUGAUGUGGAUUGGCAUUUGGAGGAACAGUAACUGUACUUCGUACUGUGCUUGAACUCUGAAUCCUUGGAUGUUUGAAAGUAGAAGGUGACUUAAAACAUGAGUGACUGGUUGGUUAGAAACAGGAAUGGGCCGGGUAAAUCCUUUUUCCUCCCUCACCUUUACCCUAGUCCUGAUCAAUGCUUCAUCUUUUUUAUUAAUUUUGUCAAUGUUUUGGCAGGGUUGAUGAUAAAUUAUGGUCUUUCUGGGUGCACAUUUUGGCUUGUCUGUUGCUAAUAACAGAAAUACUCUCUAUUUAAAACACUGCUGGGGUCCUUUUGUUGAGGGUAGCAGAGCUUAACAAAAGGCAUCAAUUGAGGUUCUCAUGCUCAUAAGUGGUGUUCUUUUGAACGGAUGGAAGUGUCGAGCAACAGUUGUCCUUGGUCUUUCAUCUUGUGGAUGUUCUUCCCAAAGAGAAGAUUCUUAUUCUCUGGUCCUCUCUGUGGCUGUUAUGGUAUCUCUUUUGGUUGCUACCUUACUGAUAAUCAUACACAUUGGAAGUGUUUUGUUUGUGCUUCUUAGGUUAAGAACUUACUAGUACCCUUGAUGUUUGGAAGAGGCUUCUUCUUCGUCGUCGUCUUUGGUUUCAUACCGGUCUUCUGUAGUUUUUUCAAGAUCCUUUCUAGCUUGACUUCUUGUUUACCUGUAGCUAAUGCUGAUACUGGCAGUUUUACUUUUCAGUGACUUGGCAGUAUUGUAUUAUAUAAUGAAGGUUAAAUGAGGUUGGCAUUCUUUACAGUCAGUAGAAAACUCGGGGUAAAGAAGCAGGCAAUCUUGGUGUAUAGGUUUUGAGAGUUUCUUAUGUUCUGCUCAGGGUUGUUGCCAGUUCCAGGAUUGGUAGCAACCUCCACCUUAUGGUUUGAAUUGCUUUCUUUCAUUCUUGCAAAUUUUAUUUGAGACUUUUGAAGCGGUUCUUUGUUGGUUCUUUC